CAUGUACUCCUGCAUAAACUGUGGGUUUCACCCCCCUGUGGUAGUUAUGGACUUACACAGAAAAGGGGUGUUCAAGUUAGCAGGUAAGUUUAAUGUACAUUUGUGUUAAUAGUUCAUUGUGUACAUUAUGUGCAUGUUCUUAUGAGUCAAUUUAUUAUAGAGAGUGACCUCAAAGCCCCGGAAGACUUCAAUGGUGAACAUGACAUUGAAGGUUUUUGGAACUCUAUUCACCUGGAAAUGAUAAGCCAUGGGUUUUUUCCAAGCGGCGUGUAGAAUCCAUUUUCAGUUCCACCAAGUUACACACACUGGGCACCAUGGAUUGGGAGUGAAACUCGAACAAGUGGCAUCGUGCUUAACACAGAGUUUCAAAAAGUAGGAACAAGCUCUUCACAUGAAGCAAAGCUUAGCAGUGUCACAGAAGACCGUCUGUUGGAUGAACUCGCCAAACAAAAGGUUGGAGUGGUGAGAAAAUUGUGUAAAGCAUGCAACAUCGACUCCAAAGGCUCCCGCUUUGAUCUCAUCACCAGACUGAGGGAGAAGAUGAAGAGCAGGCAGACAUAUGAUAAGCUCUUUCAAAGCAUAUGAGGUGCCUCUGGAGGAUGGUCUGUAAUACUAUGUCCACAUGGCAUUGUAUACAGUGUUAAAUUUAAUCUUCAUGCUGAAAGUCCCCGGGAUUUUGCUGACCUUCUCCUGUCCUGGAAGCACAUGCCAAACGUCUGUGUUUACGAUUUUGCGAGGGGUUUGGCAGCACACACCAAUUUGCGGGUUCCUGAUAAACUGCCAUUUCAUCCACAUGAAGGUCGACUGGCUGAGCCCACUGAGGAAAAUGUCAAGGCUGCACAGGAUGGAAGCCUGAAAGUGAAUCUUCCAUGGCUACAUGAAAGGAUGGAUAGUGUAAAUGAAAAUCCUCAUCCUGUCACUGGAUCAUCUGACCAUUAUGUCCUGUAUGACAGAUUUCAUGAGGGAAAUACAAAAGAUCCCAAGGACAUAUUACGCAGAAUUCAACUUGUCCCAGAGCUGAAAGGCUGGCUGAACAGUCAAGUUGUUGAACAGUUCUUUGCAAACAUGAGGAAAAACAAUUACUUUUUAAGUAACAUGAGUCCAUCCACACAUGUGUUUCUGAUGAGAAAUAUAACUCAUCAUUAUAACACUGUCACCAACAAGAAACUUCUGGAGAGGCAGCUAAGACAUGGUCGACUUAGAAAGAUCAAUAUCUCAUUGUUGGCACUGGGUCAAGCUGUCGUAGCCCCACAGGUGUGCAAUAAACCCAGAGAAACCACAGAAGCGGUGUUGAACCCAGCACCUUCAAUGUCUGGUGACACUGAACCUCAGGUAAGAGUUGACAACAAGAAAGCCAAUAGAAGGUCAACAGAUGCAACUUUUCCUGACCUGUGUGGACCACCGUGCGAAGCUCUGACAAAGCCUGAGAACAUUUUGGCCAGCCGUUCAUCCUGGUGUUUUGUACCGCACCCUGGCCAACAACAGCUUCUCAACUAUGUUCUGGACAUCAGCAGACCCAAAGAUGAGCUGAUUGUUGAAACGUCUUCUGGAUGCCUCACACGGGCAGAUUUUUGGACACUGGGUUUAAACAAACAAAUGGAAUCGACUAUUGGAAAUGGCUGUUUUGAGCUUAUCACUAAAAUUGUUCAGUCAAAGGGGAUAAGCAUUUACAUAGAAAAUCUGUAUGUCACCUGGACUUGGCUUGCACCCUAUGGCUGUGAUCCAUUGCAGUCCUUUCCUACUGAUGCUCAAAGGAGGACAUCAUAGUUCUCCCUCUCUGGACACCUGGUCAUUUCCAGUUGUGUGAAUCUUGCAGUGAAGCUCAUUCCCGGGCAGUGGUCAGAAAAAAAGAGCUUUGACUUGAAGGGUUUUUCCAAGCCAAGACUAUGGAGUUGACUGUGGGUUCUUCAUGCUGAUGUCUGCUCUGUACGUGGCACUGGAUGCACCAUUUGACUAUACUAUAGCAAGUAUCCUAUUUACUUUCACAGCAAUGGAGUCUUGAAUCUUUUGAAAGUUGUUAAAUAUGUUUCAUAUUAAUAUUUUACAGUCAGACAUGCCCUACUUGUGUAAAUGGUGGUGCUUGCUGUUGAUGGAGAACUUUGAUCUCAGGAGCUAUUUGCACACUGGAGAGAGAAAGCCAAAGCUGUGCUUGAAGGACAACAGGUGCCCAUUUUCAGACUGAAAAAGCGCAAGUUCCAGGAAGUCAGUCAGGAGCCAGCAGUUGUUGAAGAUCUGCGUCCUGCUGUGCAGUGGGUUGUCCAAAAUAAGGCACUUUUCCGUGGACACGUAACAAUGCCAAAAUAUGUCUUUAAAUCAAGGGGACCAGCAGAGGGUCUUAAGAGACAUGUCAGAGGAAGAAGACACUGGAGCAAGGGACUUGUUCCUCUUUGUUUUUCAGUUUGCAGAGGACAUGGAGCUCUUUUUGAAAGCAUGUGCUGAUGAGCAGGGACUAAGGGUCAGUGCUAUGUUUGACAUGUAAUGGACAAAUGAAGGCACUGGCUGUGUUUGUUUGUUUAAUAUGUCGUUGUUGUUUUUUGCUUUGUUUUUGCAUAGUACAAAAUUCCAAUUAAACUUAUUUGAUUCCAUGUCCAUACUUAUAAUAAAGGAUUACAGUGUAACAGCAUUAAAUGUAAAUAUAACAGCA